AUGGUCAAAACAGUCGUCGUUCUCGGCGCCGCAUAUGGCGGCCUGGCCGUAGCUCAUCGUCUGCUAAAGUACACCCGCCAGAAAGAGCCGGACCUUAGAGUGAUCCUGGUUUCAAAGACCACUCAUUUCUACUGGAACAUGGCGUCCGUCCGCGCUAUUGUGCCCGGCAUCGUCAAAGACGAGCAGGUUUUCCAGCCAAUCGAGCCCGGUUUCGCCCACUAUCCCAAGGAAAGCUUCGAGUUCGUCCUCGGAACCGCCACGGGACUGGACGUGGCACGCAAGUCGGCCCUCGUAUCGACCUCAUCCGGGCCCAGGUCCCUGCCGUACGACUAUCUUGUCCUCGCCACCGGCGCCCGCUCCGCCUCCCCCGACAUGCCAUGGAAAUCGGCCAACACCCACGAGGAGACGCAGGCCCUCCUUCACGCAACCGCCGAAAAGGUCAAGGCCGCCAAGCACAUCGUCGUCGCCGGCGCGGGCCCCACGGGCGUCGAGUGCGCCGCCGAGAUCCGCUUCGAAUUCAAGGACAAGGAGGUCCACCUCCUGUCCGCCAACGACGAGAUCCUCGCGGGUGACACCAUCGCCCGGCCCGUCGAGAACGAAAUUGCGAGGCUGGGCGUGCAGGUCAAGAAGAACGCGCGCGUCGCAAACUCGCGGCCGUUGCCGGAUGGCAAGACUGAGGUCAAGCUCAUGAGUGGCGAGGUCAUCCGGACGGACCUGUACCUGCCGACCAUGGGCCUCGUGCCAAACACUGAGUACCUGGAUGCCAGCCUGUUGAACGAUCGCAAGUACGUCAACGUGGAUGAGUUUAUGCGCGUCAAGGGUGUCGAUAACAUCUGGGCGUGCGGAGACAUCGUCUCGUACCCGCGGGCGGGCUUCAUGGUCACGGAUAAGCAGGCCGCCGGCGUAGUCAAGAACAUUGAGCUCGCGAUCGACGCCAGGGACCAGGUGGUCGCGAAGGGCAUGCCCGUCGACGUUUACGUUUGCGCCACAGGUCGUAGCCGCGGCGCGGGCCGCAUCGGCUGGGUCAAGGCUCCCUCUCUGAUGAUCUGGGCCGUCAAGAGCCGUAAUCUCGGGAUGCCGAUGGCUGUGCCGUAUGCCAAUGGCGGUCAGUGGUAA